AUGGCAGCAAUAGAUGAAGACCCUUUUUUCGACAUUGAACACUUAAUUUCAGAGGAAGAAAUUGCAGAAAUGUACUACGACUAUGAAGAGCAGAUGCAAGAUGCAGAUUUUGAAGCAUACAGCUCAGACAAUGAGAACAUGCAAGAAGAGGCAGAAAUAGAAGACACAACCAUUAACAACAACAAUCAAACUCAGCAAGAUGAAACACAAGCAUCAUUGUUUGAAGAAGGGACUCACCAACCAAACAGAAAACAGCUUAACAUGCAUCAAAAGAGAGAGAUUGUGGAUGCAAUGCUAUUGAAAAUGCAAGAUGGUAACCUACCAAGAGGUUACAAGGUAGAAUUAUCAAUCAAGUUCAAGGUUCAUAAAUCAACAAUCACAAGACUUUUCAAUGAAAUAAAAAGGCAGAUGGCAGAAGGGAAUUUGAUUGAUGUCAGGUCCAAAAAGAUAGGCAGGACAGGUCCAAAGCCAAUGGAAUUUUCUGAUAAAUUCCUACAGUCAGUCCCACUACACUUAAGACAGACAGAAAGAUCAUAUGCUGCAGCACUCAACAUUUCACAUGUUACUCUUCAUUAUUUGAAUAAAAAGGGGAGAAUCAAAAUACACACAGCAAGCAGCAAGCCAGCACUAACAUCAGAUCACAAGGUGGCAAGAAUGAAGUGGGUUUUGUCUCACAUAAACCCAAUCCAAGGGAAUGAGAACCCCACAUUUGAUGAUAUGAAGUAUUCCAUCCACAUUGAUGAGAAAUGGUUUUAUCUAAACCCAGAUAAAAGAAGAUUUUAUCUGCUACCAAGUGAGGAAGAUCCCUAUAUGGCUCAACAAUCAAGGAGGUUCAAAUUAAAAGCUAUGUUCAUGGCCAUUAUAGGGAAGCCUCUUUAUGGGACACAUGGGGAACUCCUACAUGAUGGGAAAUAUGGGAUAUUCCCAUUCACACAAGAUGCAAUAAGGGACAUGCUACUUAAUAAAGUCAUACCAGCAAUAGUGUCAAAAUGGCCAGCAAGUUUGCCCAAAAAUGUGGUGAUGCAAUGGGAUAAUGCAAGGCCACAUCAAAUACCAAGAGAUGAAGAUUUCAUUAAAGCAACACAAGCAAAUGGAUUUAACAUUGAGUUUGUGUUCCAACCAGCACAAUCACCAGAUUUGAAUGUGUUAGACUUAGGUCUGUUUAGAUCUAUUCAAUCUUUGCAAUAUCAAUCUUUUCCAAAGAAUGUAGAUGAACUUGUUAAAAAGGUCAUUGAGUCUUAUAACAAUUUCAAAACAGAAGUAAACAAGUACAUUUGGGUGACAUUACAAAGAUGCAUGAUCAAGAUUCUAAAGGCAGAAGGAGGGAACAAGUACAAAAUCCCACAUAUGAACAAGAAAAAGCUGGAGAAUUUAGGCAUUCUCCCAAAUCAGAUUGAAGUAGAAAGGAGUAUAGUGGUGGAAGCUGUGGAAUACCUGAACACAAUGUUCAGGCCAGCACCCUAG